UGUUGAUUGUUAUAUAACCGAGUACUAUGCAGCCUUCUUAAGUCUUAAAAAUUUAAAUCGUACCGAAAGGCAUCGAUUGUAUGUACCUACAAGCAAACAUAUUUUCGCAUUGUAAAAUUAUCUUCAAAUUCAAGUAUUUAAAAUAAAAUGUAAUGAAUCGGGAUAUGAAUUCCAUGCUCUUACAUAUAAUGUACCUUAAUUAAAUAUAUAAUUUAUACGGAAAUUUAAAUCAGGAUUAAAGCGCUCUUCUUAGUUCGAUGGUCCCAUCGCUAGCUGGCGUUGAAAAUUGAACAUUUUUCCCCAGGAAUUAAUCCUCCAUGUUUUAUCUAGAAAUUAAAGUAGUGAUUAUUAUGACGGAAUAAUACUUUCCAUCGGUUUAUUCAUAACAAUUUGCUCGUCUCAUCAUGUCGGAGAAAGUUACGCGAAACUUGAGAAAUUAUUAGAAUUGCAAAGUAAAAUAUAAUUAAAAUAGCCUUAUAUUAAUUAAUUAUAUAUGUUACAUACAGAUAAAGAUAUUCUUUACUUUUUCUUCGAUUGUGCAACGAAAUUAAUCGGCGCGAAAAUGACACGUAAAGAACCGAAACUUUGUAAACAUUUAUGAUGAUGCUUACUAACUAAAAAUAUUCUAUAAAUAUUUCACCUGCCUAAAUGGUCGAGAACAGAAGAAUAAUGGAUUUGAAUUGUUAAAGAAUGACGUAUCAGAUGCUUUAAUAAAUAUAGUGUUUGUGGUAUUUGGAAGAAAAUGAAAUUCUAACACAAACGAAGAUUCAGUUACAAUUUCUGAUUCGUGUAUGUAAAGUGAAAAAAAAAAAUACUGCAUUUAUAUUUUUAUAAAAAUAUUUUUUUUGUACAAUGGACUCUGAGAGUUCUGUUAUAUUGGAAUCAUGCGGAGAACAUUCAAUUUUAAUUCAAACAGUAAAAGACAUGGUUAAUGUAAAUACACAUACUGAAUUACAGAGUGAGGAAGGAGGGUUUUUCGUAGUAACAGAUGUUCAAGAUGAGCAACAAAAUGUGAUAGAAGCUUCAAAUGAGCAAUCAACAGUAGAACAAUCUGAUGUACAAUUUUCAUGGUCUAAUUUAUGUAGAAUAUGUGCAAAUGUCAAUGAUCAUUUAAUCCCAAUAUUUGAAGGAGAAGGUCUACAACAUGACUUAUGUAAUAAAAUACACAAAUAUUUACCAAUAUGUGUAUCUGAAAAUGAUACACUUCCAUUACAAUUAUGUUACCAUUGUGCUGCUACAUUAUUAGCAUGGCAUGAACUAUUAGAAGGAUGUCUGAAUGCAGAAAGAAGAUUAUUAGAGAUGCAAGAUGCUUUGCAAGAAAAACAGGAUAUAGAAGGAUUAGAAACAUCUACACAGGAUACAACAUCUGCACCUAAUGUAACGGAAUCAGCUCAUCAGCAGCAAGAAACUGUAAAGGAUGAAGUCUCUGGGAAUUCAGCUGUUAAUGAUUCAGACAGGUUUGGUCUACUUCAGAAGAAAUCCUUCACAACAUAUUGCUCAUGGCAGCAAGCAUUCCAUAAGACGAAUUCUAAAGAAAGUAUAAAAGAGAAAAUUAAUGAUGAUAGUGAUCAUUCAUUUGAAAGUUAUUACAAUACAGAUUUAAACAUGGCAGAAAUGGUGAAAGUAAUGCUACCUUCUUUGAGAGAAAUAAAAAAUCAAUAUACGUGCAAACACUGUCGACGAAUUUUUGAAAGAAAAUACCACUUAUCCCGACAUAUACUCCAAUGUAAAACUGGCAGCUUCACUGAACGCACUAUAUCAAAUGCGAAAGAUGUAGAUGAAACAGAAGAUAAAGAUAUGAAAAACGAAAAUCGAAAAGAUUUAAGAUUGUUUCAAAAAUAUAAAAAAAAUAAAGUUGAAACGUAUCCAUGCAUAUAUUGCGAUUAUACAGUCAAACAAAAAAAAUUGCUCGAACUACAUUUGUUGGAAUCGCAUUCAGAGUUUACCAGAAAGAAGGACAAAAAAUUAAAAUGUGCCGAUCGAGAAAUGGUUAUGCGCGCCAAAAUGGAAAUCGAUGGGAAAGUUUAUUAUCAUUGUAACGAAUGUGGUAAAAAUCUUUAUUCGCCGUAUACGUUCUUCUGGCAUGUGCGUAUACAUACUGGAGAGCGACCAUAUACUUGUCAUCUUUGUGGCAAACAGUUUCGUAUAAAUCAAGGACUAGCGAGACAUUUACGAGAUACGCAUGCAGGCAUAAAAAAUUUUCCAUGUGACAUAUGCGAUCGAAUGUUUUCGACAAAACGUAGCGCGGAAGAUCAUAAACGUAUUCAUACUGGUGAACGACCAUAUAUUUGUAAUAUUUGUGGAAAAUCAUUCAAGCAAAAGGCUUCUCUAUUUGUACAUAAUCGCACUCAUUCAGAUGUGUUUCCUUUUAAAUGUGUAAGUAUCAAAUGACUGAAAUCGAUGUAAAACACGAGCCAAGCAAUUUGUCUAAUAAUGAACAUACGGAACACCAAAAUAAUGGUGCCGGAAUACAAGUAUUGUCAGAGACUGAUAUUAAUAUUAACAAAAACCAAAGAACAGAAUCUCAAAGAAACUUGGGAAUUGCUUCUAAAAAAUAUAAAAAAGACGUUUCGUCAAAACGAACUUUGGAACAACGAAUUGAAUUAGCUCAUUCGAAAAUAAUGGUCAAUGGAUUUACGUACUAUAAAUGUGAUCAUUGUAAGAAAAUACUUUCAACCUCGUAUAAUUUUCUAAUUCAUCUAAAUAUUCAUACUGGAGUAAAACCGUAUACGUGCCACGUUUGCGAAAAAGGUUUUCGUUCAGCAUCUGGUUUGAACAGACACGUGCAUGAUGUUCACGCGAGAAUAAAGAAAUUUCCUUGCGAUAUAUGCGGUCGAUGUUUGGCCUCUAAAGCUUCGCGAGAUGAGCACAGAAGAACUCAUACAGGAGAAAGACCCUAUAUAUGCGAAAUUUGUGGGAAGUCGUUCAAACAGAGGGCAUCUCUGCACGUUCACAAAUCAUUCCAUUCAAAAGUUCUUCCGCAUGAAUGCUCCUUAUGCAGUCAAAGGUUUAAGAGAAAACAAGAAUUAGAUAACCAUACUUUCAUCCAUACCAAGCAGAAACCUUAUUCUUGCGAUGUCUGUGGCAAACAAUUUCGUAGUAGAGGCUGUAUUAGUCGUCAUAAACGUAUUCAUAAUAAUCAAGGGUCCUAAAUUUGUCCCGUAUGCAAUGCAAAGUUCAGUUAAGAACGUUACUUGAAGAGUCACAGCAAGAAUUUGCAUAAAACUUCGCAUUCGGUGACAUGA